UUUAUCUUUUUGUUGUUUUGUUUCUGUGUUUAGAUGUUUUUGCCUGGUUGAAUAUUCCUUUCUCAAUUACUUCUUGUUUCUUUCUUUAAUUCAAUUCCAUCAUAAAUCAAAAGUAGCAUCUAAAGGUCCCAAUCUUUUGCUUAAGCGCUUUGUGUUGAUGGGUUUCAUUUCCUUCCUGAGACUGAGUUUGCCUUCUUCUCUCCCUUUUCCAUCUUCUUUAUUAAGGGGGCCUGUCCCUCUCAAUUGGGUUUCUUUGAUUAUGAAGAGAAAGUUGUUUUCCCAUGUAGAAUAGUUGGGCUUUGUCUCUUUUCUAUAAGAAUUCAGACUCCCUUUCCCCCUCUCUUCUCAUUUUCUGAGCAGUUAGGUUUCUAAUUUGUUCUUGUUUUCGCUGGAAGUGCCUGACUUAUGUUGUAUGAACUGCUCUGAUUUUGCUUUAUGGGUGUUUCUGCAGGUUCUCCAUGCCCAUCAUGAGCUUCAUUUCUCUGGGUGUUCCCUUUCUUCAUCUCAAUCAAUGUGGAAGGUUUUCAUUGAGAAGGAUUAAACACUAAAGCAUGGAGAAAUCUUAUGAACCAGCAAAUGGAAAUGGAUUUACUGAUAAUGGUCAUAGGACCAUGAGGUACUCUCCUUAUCAGCCUUGUAUUAAGGUAUCAUUAUCUUGGCUGGAUAUAAGAGUUUUCUAUGUUAGAGUUAGUAAAUGUGAGAUUGAUGAUUCCACUCCUGAGUACCUUACUCUGAAUCAUAUUCCACUGAAUCGAGAUACCCUUCUUGAAGUAAACGGUGUAAGAAGUAGCAUCUAUUCAGAUGGUGUAUCAACUCUUCUUAGAAGGGAUCGGUUAGAUAAAAAAUCUGAAGAAGCUACAUUUGUGAGCACUGAUAGUGUGAGGAUGACAGGGAGUGUUAAGUUUGAGGUCUUUGAUAAGGAUGUUCUAGUGCUAUAUGGAGUCUUAGAAAUGUCUAAUAGUAAUGGGUUCACUGGAAAAUCAAAAAACAUCGGCCAGAGAUGGAGCAUGACUUGUGAAUUAGACAUAGUCCCAGGCACCAGCUUCUUGAAGGGGAAACAAUAUAUGGGUGGUCCAGAGUCAGCUUCACCAGCAAUUGAGGUUUACAUUGCGGGUUGCUUCUCAGGUACUCCAAUUAUAUUAACUAAAACUUUGCAACUUACCCUUAGGAAGAAGCAAAUCCGGAAGGGCAUGUUGGAUUCUAUACCAGAGUAUGAUGCUACUGAAUGCCAGAAAGAUGAAACAGCUGGGCUUUCUUUACAGAUGUUGCAGAUAUCGGAACACCCAAACUACAAACCAGAAAAUGAAGACUACAACACCUUGUACUCAGGGACAGAGUAUUUGGAAGGUGAAGAUGGGGAACUCUCAUGGUUCACUGCUGGAGUAAGGGUGGGUGUUGGGAUUGGCCUCAGCAUUUGUCUCGGAAUCGGCAUAGGAGUGGGGCUGCUGGUCAGGACCUACCAAGGCACCACCAACAACUUCAGAAGGCGGCUACUGUAACCAUCUAUUCUGCUCCCAUAAGUCAUAACCCAAAGAGGACAGCCAACUUGGUAGUGUUUCUGAGGGGCUCAUAUCUUGCAAAUAAGUGCAGGAAAUGCAUGAAUCGGGUACGUUCUACUGCAGAGACCAUUGAGCCUUUGAAUAAGAGGGUCAUCGUCACGAUGCAAAGGUACUAUCAUAAUUGCAGGAAUUUUUCCAGCAUUCCUGCCACUCGACUAUGUAGGACAUAAGCUUGUUAGUAGAUUGUGAUCCUCAGUCUGUCACCUUUUAUUUUUGUGAUUUUUUUUUUCUUUCCCUGAUUUGUAAGUUUAGUAAGGGUGUUGAUAGCAGUGAAGCUAUGAUCAUGGAAUCGGAAAGAGAUCUAGAUAACCUUCUUUGGGUUGUUCUCUUUGCUUAUGGUCUCAAUUUUCUAUUCCAUUGGAAUGUAUGGUUUUAAAAUUUUAUGCAAAA